AAACGAGGACAAAGCGAAGUUUAGAAUCAGUCGAGUGGACUCAUCGAUCAGCAACAGUGGUACAGAAAGUUUUGUUGUCAACUCGUACUUUACCGAAUCAACUUUUAUCUACUAUCAUGGCUAACUAUGCCACAAUGCUGCUGUUGAUUGUCUCUUUGAUGGGGGGACAGACCAUGGGUGGGCCCAUGGGUUCUUCUUCAUCCGGAUACUACACCACUCCGGCGUCCUACUACACCACCAAAGCUCCUGAGUACUACACAACGAAGAAGGCCGAGUAUUACACGACAACAUAUGCUGCUCCUAGCUACUACACUGAACCCCCAAUGUACUACACGACCAAGGCGCCCGAAUACUACACGACGGCAUCCUACUACACAACAACGUAUGCGGCUGCGACGUACUACACCACUACGUAUGCAACCCCUACUUACUACACUACAAAGGCCCCCGAGUACUACACCACUACGUAUGCUGCUCCGACGUACUACACCACUACGUAUGCUGCUCCGACGUACUACACCACUACGUAUGCUGCUCCGACGUACUACACCACUACGUAUGCUGCUCCGACGUACUACACCACUACGUAUGCUGCUCCGACGUACUACACCACUACGUAUGCUGCUCCGACGUACUACACCACUACGUAUGCUGCUCCGACGUACUACACCACUACGUAUGCUGCUCCGACGUACUACACCACUACGUAUGCUGCUCCGACGUACUAUUCGGAGGCACCGAAAUACUACUCGGCACCGAGCUAUUACACAGAGGCGCCAAUGUAUUACACAACAACCUACGCCACUCCAAGCUACUACACCGAAGCUCCUGCCUACUAUACCACAAAGGCCCCCGAGUAUUACACCACAACGUACGCUUCUCCGUCUUACUACACUGAGGCCUCGAAAUAUUACUCUGCUCCGAGCUACACAACUGUAUCGUACUACACCACCACAGAGGCGCCAAAGUACUAUGUAGCUCCAACAUACUACACCACAGCUGCCACGUCUUACUACCCUGAGCCGGCAUACUACGCUGCCCCAAGUUAUUACACAACGGCUGCUCCUUCGUACUACGUGGAACCUACUUACUACACCACAACUUAUGCUGCCCCGUCUUACUACACUACAAAGGCUGCUGAAUACUACACUACCACGUACGCUGCUCCAGCUUAUUACAGUGAGGCUCCGCAAUACUACACUACAAAGGCUCCUGAAUACACCACAACGUAUGCUGCACCAAGCUACCAUACCGAGCCCUCCAAGUACUACAGCACUACUUACGCUGCCCCGGCUUACUACACAGAGGCUCCGCAAUAUUACACCACAAAGGCUGCUGAAUAUUACACAGCUAAAGCCCCUGAGUACUACACAAAGAAAGCUGAAUACUACACCACAACUUACGCUCCUCCAGCUUACUACACUGAAGCUUCAAAAUACUACACCACAAAAGCGCCAGAGUACUACACUACCACAUACGCCGCUCCCAGUUACUACACCGAAGCUAAAGCUUACUACACAACAACCUAUGCAACCCCAUCAUACUACACCCAGCCUCCCAAGUACUAUUAAUUUCGAGUUAUGCUUACAGGUUAAAGCUCGAGGACGAAAUCUUCUGAUUGUGUAAAUUAUUUGUAGUCGUCGUUCCAAAAUGAAUUUUUCCCUGCCAUAUAAUUUAUGCAUGCAUUAGUUGUUCCAUGCGAAUGUGAUUUCCAAACUCAAUGUUGAAUGCAAAUAUUACAUCGUUAUCAAAUGCUA